AUGGCUAGAGUGGGUAAAGAAUUGGGGGUUUGGUUUCUGCCUUUGCAGAGACCUCAAGGUCUCUAUUUUAUUUCAAUAACUAGAGCAGUGAGAAUGUCUAUUGCUCUGCCCAUGGCUCAGUUUUUACCACCCCAUCCACAUCCCAUUAAGGGUGGUUCUAGACAGUAUGAAGAAGGUGUAGAACAAAAUCUAGACAAAAAUUGCACAGGUUCUCUUUAUUAUCCAAAACAAUGUUUCUGUCCGCAGUAUGCGUUAAAAUACAUCAGGACACCAUUUUUCAUCUUAAACUCAGCAUAUGAUGUGUACCAAUUCCAUCACAUAUUGGUGCCACCUUCUGCUGAUUUGAGUGGGCAUUGGAAUCAUUGUAGGCUUAAUCCAGCGGCAUGUAAUACAAACCAGAAAAAUAUCUUGCAAGGGUUCCGGAAAGAUAUGCUUGCAGCUUUGAGUUUAUUUUUUAAAUACUCAAAAAGAGGAGGGAUGUUCAUAAACUCAUGUUUUGCGCAUUGCCAAAGUGAGUCACAAGAUACAUGGCUAACAUUAGACUCCCCUAGAGUGCACAAUAAGACCAUUGCAGAAGCAGUAGGCGAUUGGUACUUUGGAAGAAGGGUGACCAAGGAAAUUGACUGUGCAUAUCCUUGUGAUUCUACCUGCCAUAACUUGAUAGGCUGAAACUGUAAGGUUCAGUUCAGG